AUGUCCAAGCGCCAUGCUAGUUCGCCUCUUGUUGAGGAGGCAGCUGCCAAGAAGCAAAAGGUAACGGACAGCGCUGACACUAACGCUGAUGCCGGUGUCGAGGGGAACGAGGGCACCCCUAACAAGGCAGCGAAGAAGACGAAGAAUCCUCCAGUCAAGGAUGCAUUCUUACCAUGGAAGCCCACUGUGGAAGUGCCACAGAAUAACCAAUUCUGGGGCAUCAAGCCAUUGCCUGGGUGUGCCCGUCCUCAUCCGGACCAGCCAUCCGCCCGUGGAAGCAACGGUGCGACCAACCCGCCGAUGUGGGAGGAUCGCAAGUACCGAUUCAAGCGCGGUUCCCGCUAUGUCAAGUAUUUUGGACCCAUUGAGCCUGAAGAUGCUGACAAUCUACCCGAGAGCCUCGAUCAAGAGGAAUUGCUGUUCAUUCAGCUCAUUGACAUGCGACCAAAGAGCUCGAAGGACCCUACUCCCAAGCGAACUCCUACUGUCUACGCCUACGAUGGGGGCAAGCCGAAGGACUGGAACAGCAUGCAGGCUGUCAAGUGUUUGAACGAUAGGCGUGCGCAGGCUAUCGACCGAAUCACUGUAGACGCACCCUGGACACGUGUAGAGCGUGAGUAUCUGGCAUCGCUUCUCCAAGAGUUCCCCGAUGCGUCGAUUUGGGAGCUGGCCGAGCGCCACAACGAGCGCUUCAUGAACCAAGAUUUCGCGUUUUCCACUGGCUUCAGCUUCGCAGGCCUGUCUGAUGGCCGUACCGUGGAGAGCGUCAGCUACGAGUAUAAGACUUACAAGUCUGUAUACGAUCAAGGUAAGGCCCCGGAGUCCACUCGUUUCAAGAAUGACAAUUCGCGAGGAGGCAAGGCGAUUCGCGCUUCGAAAGCAAUGGAGACGGCAUUCGGCCCAUCGAGCAAGGCUCUCGAGAAGGAGUGGGAUGAGCAGAAUGAUUCGGCCGCCCAAGAAGACGAGGAGCACGCUGGUGUUGAGAACGAGAACGAAAACAACGCCAACGACGUCGUAAAGAAAUCGCCUAAGAAGAAGGGCGCGAACGCCGCGAAGAAGGCUGCGCCCAAGAAGACUCCGACCAAGAAGACGCCAACCAAGAAGGGGACGACGAAGAGGAAGUCGAAAGCCAUCAUCAUUGAGCCUGAUUCUGACGAUGAUGAUGAGCCCAGGGGCGAACCAGUGGUGCCUAUGGCCCAUCAACCGGCACUCAAUGAGCUCGAUGAAGAGCUGCUUGAGCUGGCGGGUGCAUAUGAUCAGAAUGAGAUACGCCAUGGGCCCCCGCAUAGCCUAUCCCCUGAAAUUCCCACAGAUUCGAGGCAGUCUCGAAGCCGCUCGCCCAGCCCUCGUACAGGCGAGGAAUCUCCAGUCGACCCUGAAGUUGCACAGGGGGUAGAGCAAAUUGUAGGUCAAAUUGUUGACGAGGCGGUUGCUUACGCUGAGCAGCAGAAUGUCGUCCAAAAGGCGCACAUCGAAGAAGUCCAGCAAAUCGUGGAGGAGAAGGUCACAGUAGAGACCACGGUUAAGGAGAUCACCAGUGAGGAGACUACCCUCGUGCAGCCCCAGAGCCAAACGGAGACCACAGCGGUCGCGCAGUCUCUUGUCUCCAGCACUAUCGAGCAACGCACUUCGAUCCAUGCCGCUCGUCGAGUCCAACUUGACGAGAACUACGAUGAUGGCGAUGAGGAGCUUUGA